AUGGUCUGUGUGUUCACCGUCAAACAAAAGGACUUAGGAGUUUACAAGCCUCUGUACUUCUUGUUGGUGUUUGUCCUUUACAUCCUCAUUGUUAUAGUCAACUUAACUUUGAUCUUUAUUGUGACAGUGCAUAGAAGCCUCCAUGAGCCCAUGUACAUUUUCAUCUGUAAUCUGUGUGCAAAUAGUCUCUAUGGGACUGUUGGUUUUUACCCUAAAUUUUUGCUGAACUUGCAAUCUGAUAUUCACAUGAUAAGCCACAGUUGGUGCAUGAUUCAAACGUAUGUGAUUUACAGCUCUGUUAUGUGUGAAACAUCAGUUUUAACAGUGAUGUGUUAUGACCGCUAUGUGGCAAUUUGCAGACCACUGCAAUACCACAACAUUGUGACUCCACGUGCUUUUGUUUUAACUUUGAUUUCUUAUGCUCAUAUUGUCAAGGUUUGUAUGUCAUCCAGUGAAGCUAGAACAAAGUUCAGUAAAACUUGUGUGCCUCAUAUUGUAGUUAUGGUCACAUAUAUCAUGACUGCAUUAUCUGCCAUCGGGAAUGAAAUGAGACGGGGGGCAUGUAGACUCACUACAUCUCAGGAGCCCAAAGGAGGCCGGUAA